AAAAUACAUACCUCUAUGCUAUAUUUGUUUGUUUGAUGUUUAUAACCUGUUGAAGAAUAUAAAAAGGACAAGAAUAAUAGUGGAUGUUAAGGUGUGAUUUUUUUAAGUGUUUAUAAAUAAUAGACUUAAAAGCAAUCAAAAAAUAUUAUGUCAUUUGAUCUUCAUAACUGUUUAUACGUGAAAACGUAGCUUAAUACCGAUAAGUAUUUGUGUCAAGUGCAUAAUACAUACUUAUUAUUAGUAAUUACAAAGUAUCAUUUGUAAAUGAGCUAAAUAUAAACCUUUACUAUAUGACUUUAGCAAGUUAUGAAUAAUUUGGUGAUGUUAUAAAAGGUAAUUCACCUUGCAUUAACUUUAUUUUCCUGUUACUCAUCUUGUAAGGUUUUAUUAUAUAUUUUUUAAUAUGUUGUAUAAUAUUGAUUUUUAAAAAUUCUUAAUAUCACCAUAAAAUAUACUGUAUACCAGUCUAUGUUUAACUGUUUGAAGAGUGUUAAAAAUAAUCAUCUGACUCAUUACAUAUUCAAGUAAGCAGAGGACCAGUUAUUCGAAACUUUCUUAUUUUAGGUUUGAUUCAAGCAGAAAUUAGUAUAUCAUUAAAAAGUUUACAGUAGACAGUCUCAUGCGACAUUUAUUUUCAGCCAUUUGGUUUCUCAACGGUUAAACUCCAGUCAGUUUUCAAUCUGUCUUGUGCAAGCAGAGACACUUUUGUGUUAUCAAUAAAACAUUGAUAACCCUAAAAUAUGAAUAAAGUUCUAGCUCUCUGGUUUUUAAUCUUAAAAAAAUAGCUGGGAUUAGGUCAAGUACAAAUGGGAUAUUAAGGUCAUUACGUAGGGCUUUAUUGGUUACAUAAAAGGGAGCAUUGGCUAUUGUUUGACGAACUUUAGACUGGAAGGAUUGAAUGCGUUUUAUGUUAGAAAGUUUUGCUGUCCCCCACAGUUCGAGUCUGUAGGUCCAGAUAGGUUUCAGGAUUGUCUUAUAGAAUAAUAGCUUGUUCUCAACUGAAAGUUGAGAUUUUCUAUUCCACCCCAAUAAUGAAUAUUGUGUGCUCAUAGGAUUUCUUAAUAUUUUCCAUCGUAAUUUUACAAAGCAGUAAUUAAUUUUUCAUUAUUGACAUGCACAUUCAUUUUAUUGGAAAUGAAAUUUUUAAUGUAGGUGUUAAUAUCCACACAUUUCAUGCUUCCUAUCCUUAAUUUUACGAAAUCUAAAGAAGAUAAAAUUUCCAAGGAUACCGUUUUUCUUCUUUCUCUUAUACCGAUCUGUUUUGAUACUUCGUGUGGAUAGGUAGCUCAAUACAUAACUAUACCUGCAUAUAUUUUUCUUUCAUACUCAUGUUCUUUGAACCAGGUCUUGGUGUGAUAAGUUAGUUCUAGGAUAUAAGAUUGUUGGUUAACAGUAACGUCUUUAGAACUUACAGGAAAUGUAUACAUUAUAUCUUUUGUAUUGACAUCUAUUAAUUGAUUGUUAAUUUUUAGAAUAUUGGAUUUCAUAGUUGAAUAUUAUUAUAUAUUUUAAUGAAGAUGCAAAGGGAAGAAAAACAGCUAGAAACAGCAUUGGAUGCUAUUUUAUUAAGAGUAAAUGAUUUGAAAAAUUCGAUCGGUUCUAUGAUUUUUAAACUUGAAAAUGAGAGUGAAAAUUUAAAUUGGCCAAAUUUACUAGAUAAUUUUGCUUUACUUUCAAGUCAGCUAGUCUCUCUUUCAAAAAUGCUUGGUCAUGAUAAAUAUCCUUUAUUAAGAACAUUAGCCAUUAUUCCACUUGAGCUAAGUCCUGAACGUGAUGAACAAUUAUUAAGACUCACAGAAGGCAGGGUUGCAAUUUUUUCCCAUGAUCUAGCUCCUGAUUAUCUUCGUACAAAGCCAGUUCCAGAAGUAGAACAGAAAAUGAUACAACUUGAACAUAAGGCAUCUAAUUUGUCUUUUGAGACAGUUCAGAAGCAAAUGACAGCUUACAGUAAAGUUGUGGGACAUGUUUGGGAAAUAGUCUCUAAAGCAAGAGAAGAGUGGGAAACAGAAGGAAGUGGGAGAUCAGGUUCUGCGAUAACUUCUUCAUUAGCGGAUACCAAUACAUUAGUCGCUGCAGUUGCUAUGGGCAAAGGAUUGAAGGUAUGUGAUGGAAUGGGACAAGGACAAUUACCUCCUAACAUGAUGGGGCCUUCUGGUAGGCCAGUUGGUGGCGGACAGCUACCCUCCAACCAGCUUCAACAACAAAUGGGAUCAAUGGGAAAAGUUCCAAGUGGUAUUAAAACUAACAUAAAAUCAGCAAACCAGAUGCACCCAUAUAGUCGAUGAUUUUUACAAUUUUCAAAAAUAAAUUUUUUAUUAAUAUUUGAAAAAAAUGUUGUAAUUAUUAUAAAUUUAAAAGUUAUAUAAUUAAAUCUGUAAUUAUUUAUAUUGUUAUGUACAUGAAACUCAAAAAAUAUUUUCCUUAGAACUACAUGUCUACAAUUUUGAAACAUUUUUGUAAACAUGCAAUGCAUAAAUCUUGUUUUGUUGGCUAAUUUAUUGUUCAUUACAUCACAUAUUUUUAUUUUUUAUGUAGUCAAACCUAGACGUAAUAAUAAUAACAAAAAAGGAUGACACUUCAGUAAAGUAACAAAACACGUAACUAUAGAUUUUGUUUUAUUAUUCUUCAAUCAAUCAAGAAAAAAAAAUUAAGUCCCUCAAAAUUUGAGAAUUUUUAUUCCAAGCUGUGUAGAAUCAUAAAUCAAUUUUAAUUUGAUUUAUGAUUCUACACAUGAGCCUAUUAUUCAUUCAUGAUUCAUAUUAGCUCAGUAGGCCAAUUAUUUUAAGAUUUGGCAUGAAAAUCAGAAGUUACUUAAGUGUGAUCUUCAGAACUCGACAUCACCAUCUUCCAUUUUGUUGGAUGGAGGUCAAUCAGAAAAUUUAUAUAACCAUAUUUCAUCUAAUCCUAAAGAUAAAGCAAAAUCUUAAAGUUUUUUGUAGAUUCCUUAUACCAAAGUCCUUCGGGAAAAUAAACAACCGUUGUUAAAACAAUUCGUUGAGGAUAUAAGGCUAUGUUUAUGCCACGAAAAUCUCUUGAAUCAGUGGACUGAUUUUGUUGGAUCUUUUUGGUUUUACACUGUGCUGACCUUAGAGCCGGACAACCGGAGCUAAUGCCCGGGAUGCUAAUUAUCAGGGGUGGCCGCCACUUUUUAAGAAUCUAAAAAAUAUAUAUACAAAAUGUAUUAAAAUAAUUAAUAUUAGUCUAUUAAUAAAGCGACUGUAUUAGAGAAAUAUUGAUGAAAUACAUAGUAUAAAACAGCUUAAGAAAUAAAUUUAAUUUUUUAUUAAAUGAGUCCUCCUUAAAACCCCUUAAAUUUAUAUGUAUAUAUAUAUAUAUAUAUAUAUAUAUAUAUAUAUAUAUGAUUAGUAGUGCAUUUAAAUGAGUACUGUAAAAAAACGUAAAACCCUGUAGAAAUUAAAUAAAGUCAGUAUUAUCAAAGCAUCCUUGUUCAUUCUCCAUUCUUUCUUUUUUAAACUUUUGUUAGCCUAAGCAUUUUAACUAAUGCCAGAACCCGGGAUAGGAUAAAAAGGAAUUUUUCCAAACUCAUGGUUUUAAGACUCAAGUCAUUUAGACAAUGUGGUCUGUCAACUUCAAGCAGUUGGCACUUUACAAGAAGGUUUGAAGGUUUACGUUCCACCACCUGUCCUAAUGUUUCUAUAAGUUUUUCUGAGAUGGUCG